CUAUGAGUCACACGCAGAGGCGGAGACUCCGGGACGGACUCGCCGCUGGAGGAGGACCGUCCCAUGCGGCUCUCUCGCUCUACUACUACCCGCACCCGCUCCUCCGUGUGCAACCAGAAAAGAAACCUUUCCGUUCACUUCGCUUACGCCUUGUUUACAAUGUGAAGAAAAAUGGCCGGGACAAGCUCUGAUUGGGUGGAGAUCCUGGAGCCGCGCUCCCGCGAGCGCAUGUAUGUGAACUUGGCCACCGGGGAAUGCGGCUGGGAUCCCCCGACAGGCGUUCCUGUCCGCCAGGCAGACGGUAACCAGUGGUGGGAGCUGUUCGACCCGCACAGCGGCCGCUUCUACUACUACAACUCCAGCGGGCGCCGCACGGUCUGGCACCGGCCCCAGGGGGCCGACAUAGUGCCCCUCUCCCAGCUCCAGGCCAUGAAGCGGUGCAGCGAGUCCAAGCAGGCCGGGGGGGGCGUGGAGAGGCACCACCACGGGACCACGGGGAGCAUCAGCAGCGUCGGGAGCCAGGGGCGCUGCACGGCGCUGCCCGAGCGCGACGCCGACAGCCCCGUCCCCGGGACCGCCGAGCCCGACGAGGAGGCUGCCAACUUCGAGCUGGACCCGGCGGUGGACAGCAGAUCUCAAGGAGAUGGAAGCAGCGCUGAGCACAGCACAGAUGGCAGCAAAGACCCGCAGAGGGAUGCCUCUCAAAGGUGGCAGCCGGCACCCGGUUCUAAGGCAGCGAUGUUGGUGAAGGUAAACAGCAUGAGCCGUAGCCAGGCCAACCCAGCACAGCAGCAACACCUCCAGCACAGUGCGCACAGCAAAGCCAACACCUUCAACCUGCACCCCUCCGGCAACAAGGCCCAGGGAGCGUGCUUAGGCUCCAACCAGGGUUAUAAAACUGCCCCUUCUGGAAAAAUGGCAGGCGACACUCGUCAGGCCCAUCACCUGAGGAAGGCCAGCAAUGGCAGCUUUUGUUUGGUGACAUCGGACAGUAACCACCCGAGUCCACUCCUUCACAGGUCACAGACCAGCACACCACGGCCCGUGUCCCCCCAGUACGGUUGCACUGCCCCGAUCUACGAUGAGCCAGUUUCAGAGUGUCCCAUAUAUGAUGAACCCCCUACAGACAUGGAGGUAGAGGGGGCUCACCUCUACAACGGGCAACCUCUGUCUCACUUGACGCCGACCCACAGUCUCCAGAAACCCAGACACCUCCAGCAACCUGGUUCAUCUCAUCCAGGGUCCAGGCACAGGAGGAAUCCUUCUUCAUCUGACUACAGCCCAGCUGGUCUGGAGUGCAUCAAGCACAUGGUCAAUGUGGACCCCAAACAGGGGCUCUUAUCCGGCUCUCCCGUACCCUCGCGCGCCCCUUCCCCUACCUCCAGACAGGACCACGUCUUGGCCCAGCCUCAACCGCACCGCCAGCCCCAAGCCCACUCUUUGCCGCAGGCCCGAGGCCAGAUGAGGGAUAGAGAGCCGGGGACCCCAGGCCCAAGUACACUGGACAAGAAACAAAGCUGGCGAGUCCUGGAGGCCACCGUUCAGCGCGCGAUGGAGGCACGACACAGCCGGCAGAGCAGCCAAGCUUCGCAGGACUUCACCUCCUCGACCCCGCAGGCCACGGCAAACUAUCAAGACUCUGGCUACUCCACCGGGCCUUCCCCAAGUUUGAGAAGGAAGAGCAGGAGGCGAGUGGGUGCCGGUGGAGGUGCCGGAGGAAGGCCGGGGUCGGUGGGCAGCAGCGGCGAGCUGUGCGCCCUCAAUGAGAGGUUGAUGGCAGAGAUGAGGGAGGUGGUGAGUCGCUCCAACACCAUGAGGGAGGUGAGGGCAGGGCUGGACCCGGAGAUGGUGGAGAGGGUUGUCGUACCUCGGACACGCUCCCCCGCAGACUCGCUCAGGUGGUAUGGAGGUGGGACCGGGGGGACGGCGGGCAGGUGCCCGUCACGAGAGGACCUCGCCGGCGCGUCCCGGUCGCUGAAAGGGGCCGGUAACUACGGUAACCCUGCCCUGACACCUCUGGAAAUACCAGGGAGACAGAAAAGGACCUAUGAAAAGGUGGACACCUUGGAGAUGAGCGUGAACAGCCAGGCCAGCCUCUCCUCCCCGGAGACCCCCGGACCACCCUCUCAGACAGGCACCCUCGAGCUGCAGGCUCAGUUGGAGAGCAGGAAGAAAGGCAUGGUGGACGGGCGGACGGCUUCGCUGGGCCCCCACCGCUCCGCCAGCCACGACAACAGGGAAGGCGGCGACGGGGCCGGAAUGAGAGCGGGAGGGUCGGCCUACCAGCUGUCCUACGCCACCCUGCGCCAGCCCCCGCCCCCCGACAUGGGCAUGGAGGACUGGGCCAGCAAGCACCUCAACAUGCACACGCAGGGCCUCUUCCGGCGCCGCGUCUCCAUCGCCAACAUGCUGUCGUGGAACCGCGGCUCCAUCAAGAAGCCCAUGCUCGUCACCAGCAACCGCGCCGUCAGGAAGGAGGCCUGCGAGAUGUUCAAGCUGGUCCAGGCCUACAUGGGCGACAGGCCCUCGCGCCUCGACCGCCGCCACUGCGCCCUGCUCAUCAUCACCAAGUGCUGGGACAUGCCGGGGCUGAGGGACGAGCUGUACGUGCAGCUCGUGAGGCAGACCACGGGCAACGCCACCCCCCGGAGCCUGGCGGCGGGCUGGGAGCUGAUGGCCGUCAGCCUGGCCUUCUUCGCCCCCUCGCCCAAGUUCCGCUGCUACCUGGAGGGCUACAUCCAGAGACACACGGAGCCCACCAGCGACAAGAAAUGUGAGUCUCAGACUGAGCAACAGGUGACUCAGUUCAUAUUGGAACAACAAGAACUGAAGCUGAAGAAGAAUUCAAAGUCCAGGAAGAAGCGGAAACAGAACACGGAGGAGGAAGAAGGCCUCCCGAUCAGCACGUACGCCAAGUUCUGCCAUCGGAAGCUGCAGAAGGUGGCGAUCACCGGUGGCAAGAAGGGUCUACGUAAGCCCACCUUGGAGGAGAUCGACCACAGCAGACGGGCCAUCAUCACCCCGUCCCUCUUUGGCAGCUCUCUGGAGGAGGUGAUGGAAAGGCAGAGCGAGCUCUUCCCCGACAGGAAACUGCCUUGGGUGCAGGUUCAGCUUUCCCAGUACGUCCUGGCUCUGGGCGGCGCUCAGACGGAGGGCAUCUUCAGGGUGCCCGGAGACAUCGACGAAGUGAAUGCGCUGAAGCUCCAAGUGGACCAGUGGAGGAUCCCGGAGAAUCUCUCCGACCCCAACGUUCCUGCCUCUCUGAUGAAGCUGUGGUAUCGGGAGCUGGAGGAACCCCUCAUCCCCAUGAACUUCUACAAGCAGUGCGUCAGCAACUGCGACGACCCCGUGGCUGCCAUCGCUGUCGUGCAGUCUCUGCCUGAGCUCAACAGGCUGGUCCUCUGCUACUUCAUCCACUUCCUGCAGGUGUUCGCUCAGCCUUCCAACGUCGCGAUCACCAAGAUGGACGUGAACAACCUGGCCAUGGUGAUGGCUCCCAACUGCCUCCGGUGCCAGUCCGACGACCCGCGGGUCAUCUUCGAGAACACGCGCAAAGAGAUGUCCUUCCUGAGAAUGCUCAUCGUUCACCUGGACACCAGCUUCAUCGAAGGGGUGGUGUAGGCGCCGCAGAGAUCGGAGGAAUCGAGCCCUCGGCUUAUCCAGUUACACAUUUACAGUCAUGCUAGAAACACUGUCUCAGUUCAGACCACACUGGAAACCUCUUGCGACACAAGGAGUGUGAAAUAACAGCUCAACCUUGUGCUUUCCUGCUUUCUCACUGAGCGACGACAUCAUCCCCUUAUCAUCACUGUUUUUGAUACUCGGUGACUGCUUUCAAGUGGCUCACUUUAACGACUGUAUUUUCUAACCGAUGCAUGUGAAAACAGGUUUACCCUUUAUUUCUUACAAUGGGUAGUACUACAGCUAACUAUGGACAUGUGUGCCGUGCAAAGUGAGAGUCGGUAGUUGCAGUAUUUACUUCAGAAGGAUUCACUUCAAAAACUCUUAAGGCAGCAGUGUUGACGCUCUGCUCCGAUUGUUCUGUUUUUUGUUUUUUUGUUUUUUUUUUCCCGGCUGUCUGAUUUCACUCAAGUGUGUUUGUGUGUGCGAUUGUCAAGAGUGUGAGCAAAAGGCUCAGCCUUUCUUUUAUCAUGUACAGAAGAUUGAAACUAUGAAAAAGUAAAAGAACUCUCGUGAAGGUGUCUUCUCGAUAAGCUUCGCCCGCGCUGUUUUCAGUAGCCCUACAUACUGAUUGCCGGCCUGUUCGCGGCUCGUUUUUUUUUUACGAGACAUAAAAAAAGCCACGGCUGUUUCGAAAGCCUUCAUUUCAAAGCGCAGACUGACGGGAUGUGCAGGAAGCUCUUUUAAUGGAUGGUGGUGAUUCUGAGCAAAUGAACGCGGAAGUGCUUUGAUUUUUUUUUUUUUUUCCAAAUUUAAACGCUCGCCGAAGCCAGACGAGAGGAUUGAUUCUACUUGCGGUUUACAUCGUAGCGAUGUGGGAGGCUGGUUUUUUUCAACUGAUGAUUCUCUUUAUCUAUUUUAUGUAAGAAGUGUUUCAAUGGGAGUUGUGUUCUCUUUUGUUUGUGAUCCGUAUGUUUUUUUUUUUUUUUUGGCUCAGGUCUUCUGAUAAAACGGGUGUUGGAUGUGAUAACUGUACACGGCCUCUCUCAUAGACCGAUGAAUCUGACACAAACCCCUUUUACUGAGUAUCGUUCAACUGUCAAGCACUAUGAAAAUGUAAAUUGAGCUUUUUUGGUGCCCCCUCUCAGGCCUUGCCGGUGUAAAUAAACUCUGCGUGUAAAAUAGUAUUAACUCUACUUAAGUAUAUUCUAAUGAUCCAGGUUAUGAGUGAAGUUAACUGUUGCUGUAAAGAGCAAUAAACAAAAGUGUUUUGUAAUUUACUGUUCAUUUAUCUGCUGUAACCGCUUGCCUUUUUGAACAUAGGAAUGAUUCAAACCACUUUCCAUGUAUGUGCGUGUAUGUGUGUUUGCAUACUCUCUUGUCAUAAUAUGGAAUGGCUGCCCAUAAAUAAAGGUUUGUUCAAUUGUU